AUGGCCGAAAAUCAAAAUGCCUAUUACUUUUCAGGUGGUGACGGAAAUGAAACACGUCCUCGUCCAACUUUACCCAGGACUAGGUCUGUCGUUGGGCCGAGACCACUUCCUGGUGGUUCCAAUAAUAAUUCAAAGGAAUCGAGAGAUGCUCCUUACCAACAUCAAAAACAAUAUAGUCUUGGUAGUGUUUCUGAAUAUCCAAUUCAAAACUCUACCCCACAAAAUUUUAUACCACCUCAACAAUAUACGUUCAAUUCAUCCGAUCAAUCUUUUCCACCUUUAGUUUCACCUAAACCACAAAAACCAAUAUCUACUGUAACAAAGAAUGCUUUAGAAACGCAAUAUUCAGGUGUAAAUGAAUAUGAAAUGCCAUAUAUUCCUACAACUUCUGACACUCCAAAAAGUUGGUAUACAGGUGAUGAUGAAAAGUUGAAUUUAGCUUCGGAUCAAGAUCAAAGUCCUCUACCACAAAAUAACAUUGAGUCGCGAUCAAAUAUAAUCGCGUCUCAAGAAAAUCAAAUUUUUCAGUUACAACAAGGCGCUAAAGAAUUACUUUUCCAAGAUAAUCGUGAUAUUAUUUCGAAUAAACAAAACAUAAAUAAUAAUCAAUACUAUCAAUCUUCUAAUAUUCCACUAAAUCAACGACAACUUGAUCAAAAUCAAACCCAUCCACAACACCCACCACAGCAAACACAGCAGUACUCACAGCAACAACAACAACAAUACUCGCAACAGUACUCACAACAUCAGCCACAGCCGUACUCACAGCAACAACAGCAACAGCAACAGCAACAACAAAACAUAUAUUACCAACAUGAUAAUAUACCACAAUAUAAAGCGAUGCCACCUAAUGGAAAUUAUCAAAAUGUCCGCUCAGUAAAUGGUCCCCAUCAUCAAAGUCCGCAAUCAACUCCACCUUCUUCUAUACAUACUACACCUAAACAAUCUUUUCCUCAGAAUGUAAAUAACAUUCAACAGCAAAGUCAAUAUCCAGUUCGUAAUUCACAGGAAACGGUACAAGGACAAUAUAUGCAGAUGAAGCAGCAACAGUAUCCAAAUCAAAUGGGACAACAAACCAAUUAUCAUCAAAACAAUAAAGUCGGUUCAGAACCGAAUUCGUCAACACAAAUUUCCACACCUCUUCAACACUUUUCAACUCAAUUGUCGCAUAAUGAUCAUUCAAUAUCAAAUUCAAAUUCACCUAUAUCGCCAAUUCAAAAUCCUUGGAAUGCAUCUUCUCAAGGUCAAUUUUCAAUGCCUGAAUAUCGUCAAGGCUCACCCAAUAUUUAUCAAAGUUCAUCAUCAACAGGUUUCUUUCGUCAGCCAUCUCCUGGUGCCGUCUCAGUUGGCCCGGAUGGAGCUCCAAUACCAUCUUCCUUAAAUAGAGGCAACUGGGACCAAAGAUCUUCUACUCCAGAACGUGGAGUUGUAAGGAAUCUGCCAAACACAAAUAUACGUCUUUUAAUUGACGAUAAAUUUGAGAGGCGCAAGACAAUGACUUCUAAUACUCUUGUCAAGGAUGAAAAUGCGUUACAAAAGUACAGGGAUGCUGCCAAAAAAACCAAUGAUCCAAAUGUUCAACUUGAUUAUGCUAAAUUUCUCAUUAAUAUGAUUGAGUAUAAUCCCGAAGCUAUGUAUAUAAAAGGUAAUUGGUAUGAAUACGGUAAAUUUGGUAAAGAGAUUAGUCAUGAUAAAGCUUUUAGAUUAUUUUUAUCAGCUUCUAAACAAGAUUUUCCAAAAGCAAUUUAUAAGGUUGCUGAACAUUAUGAAAAGAAUAAAGAUGUAAAGCGAGGAUUACAAUUCUAUAAGAAAUCUGCUUCAAAUGGAGAUGUUUCUGCUUUAUAUCGGCUUGCUUUGAUUUAUUUACUAGGUGACUUAAAAACUGAACCCGAUUAUAACCAAGCUUUAAUAUAUUUAAAAUCAGCAGCAACAAAAGCAAAUGAGGAAUGUCCAAAUGGUGCUUAUGUAUACGGAAUGAUAUUAGCAAGAGAAUGGGAUAAGGCUGAAAUACCGGAUCAAGUUGUUGCGCCGGAUGAUCAUGAAGCGAAGGAAUAUAUUCAAAGAGCUGCCAAUUUGGGAUAUGUUCCAGCAUUGUACAAGAUGGGACAUUGUUAUGAAUAUGCUACUUUAGGUUGUCAAUUUGAUCCAAUACUUUCUGUUUCAUAUUAUAAGCGAGCAGCAGAAAAGGGGGAUGUUGAAGCAGAUAUGGCAUUAAGCAAAUGGUAUUUAUGUGGUGCGGAAGGUUUCUUUGAACAAAAUGAAGCAUUGGCGUAUGAACAUGCUGAGAAAGCUGCGAUGAAAGGUUUGGCUGCAGCAGAAUUUGCAAUGGGCUACUUCCAUGAUGUUGGCAUUCAUGUACCUGUUAAUCCUAAUCAUGCCAGUGUCUGGUAUAAGAAGGCGGCUGAACACGGAAAUGAGGACGCAAAACAAAGAUUGGCUCGUGGUGGAACAAUUACACGGCUAGAUCACUUACAAAAUCAAAAUAAAUUAAAAAACGAACGUAAUGAAAAAAGUAAUAAGGACUGUGUCAUACAAUAA